CGCUGCUGGCGGAGCCGACGGGGCGGAGAGGAGUGCGACGGGAGGAGGAGUAGGAGAAGGGGGCCGGUCAAGGGAAGUGCGACGUGUCUGAGGAGCCUUUUUAUACCUCCUUCCCUGGAGCCCGGCAGCCACCGCCGCCAUCCACGUCUCUGCACCCUGGACCCGGGCUCGGUCACAGCCGCAGCAUGUCGGAGAUCAAGAAGCAGAAGACGGACCAGCAAAAAUCCACCAAUGUGGUCUACCAGGCCCAUCAUGUGAGCAGGAACAAGAGAGGACAGGUGGUUGGAACCAGGGGAGGAUUCCGAGGAUGUACCGUGUGGCUAACAGGUCUCUCCGGCGCUGGAAAAACAACCAUAAGCUUCGCUUUGGAGGAGUACCUUGUGUCUCAUGCCAUCCCGUGUUACUCCCUGGAUGGAGACAACGUCCGUCAUGGCCUUAACAAGAACCUGGGGUUCUCUGCCGGGGACCGAGAAGAGAAUAUCCGUCGAAUUGCAGAGGUGGCCAAGCUAUUUGCUGAUGCUGGCCUGGUGUGCAUUACCAGUUUUAUUUCUCCAUUUGCAAAGGAUCGUGAGAAUGCCCGCAAAAUCCACGAAUCAGCAGGACUCCCCUUCUUUGAGAUCUUUGUAGAUGCACCUUUAAAUAUCUGUGAAAGCCGAGAUGUAAAAGGACUCUACAAACGCGCUCGGGCAGGAGAGAUUAAAGGGUUCACAGGCAUCGAUUCCGAUUAUGAGAAACCCGAGACUCCAGAGUGUGUGCUGAAGACCAACUUGUCCUCAGUGAGCGACUGCGUGCAGCAGGUGGUGGAGCUUCUGCAAGAGCAGAGCAUUGUUCCCCACACCACCAUCAAAGGCAUCCAUGAACUCUUUGUGCCGGAAAACAAAAUUGAUCAAAUCCGAGCUGAGUUAGAGACUCUCCCGUCACUACCAAUUACCAAGCUGGAUCUGCAGUGGGUGCAGAUUCUGAGCGAAGGCUGGGCCACUCCGCUCAAAGGCUUUAUGAGGGAGAAGGAGUACUUGCAAACUCUGCACUUCGACACCCUACUGGACGGCGUGAUCCUCCGUGAUGGAGUCAUCAACAUGAGCAUUCCCAUCGUACUGCCUGUUUCUGGGGAUGACAAGGCACGGCUCGAAGGCUGCAGCAAGUUUGCCUUGAUGUACGAAGGCCGGAGAGUAGCUCUCUUACAAGACCCUGAAUUCUAUGAGCAUAGGAAAGAGGAGCGUUGUUCUCGUGUGUGGGGAACAGCCAGUGCAAAACACCCCCAUAUCAAAAUGGUGAUGGAAGGUGGGGACUGGCUUGUUGGUGGAGACCUUCAGGUGCUAGAGAGAAUACGGUGGAAUGACGGGCUGGACCAGUACCGCCUGACGCCUCUAGAGCUCAAACAGAAGUGUAAAGCCAUGGAUGCUGAUGCCGUGUUCGCAUUCCAGUUACGCAAUCCUGUCCACAACGGCCACGCUCUGCUGAUGCAAGACACCCGGCGCAGGCUCCUGGAGAGGGGCUACAAGCACCCGGUCCUCCUGCUGCACCCUCUCGGGGGCUGGACCAAGGACGAUGACGUACCUCUCGACUGGAGGAUGAAACAGCAUGCAGCUGUGCUGGAAGAAGGGAUCCUGGAUCCCAAGUCGACUAUUGUCGCCAUCUUCCCAUCUCCUAUGUUAUACGCUGGGCCUACAGAGGUCCAGUGGCACUGCAGGUGCCGAAUGAUUGCAGGGGCCAAUUUCUACAUUGUGGGUAGGGAUCCUGCAGGAAUGCCUCACCCUGACACAAAGAAAGACCUAUACGAACCUACCCAUGGGGGUAAGGUCUUGAGCAUGGCCCCUGGCCUCACCUCUGUGGAAAUCAUUCCAUUCCGAGUGGCUGCCUACAAUAAAAUUAAGAAGGCCAUGGACUUUUAUGAUCCGGCCAGGCACGAUGAGUUUGACUUCAUCUCAGGAACUCGUAUGAGGAAGCUCGCCCGGGAAGGAGAAGAUCCCCCAGAUGGCUUCAUGGCCCCCAAAGCAUGGAAAGUGUUGACAGAUUAUUACAGGUCUCUGGAGAAGAUCAACUAGGUGCUCCCGGCUCUGGUUUCUUUCUCAAGUGCUCUAUGACGAUUUUUUUCUAUUUUUGUGAUUAGCGGCUCUGUAUCCAAUUGCUUCUCGAUGACUUUUUAAAGUUAGUAUUUUGCAAUGAAGUAAAAAGUUGUGUCUAUAAUUUAAAACCAA